CUCUUCACAAUAGUUGGCUCAUCCUCUUCCUCUUGAAAUCCCGAAUCCACCUUGAUUACGAUUUAUACUAGUAAUGAAGGUGUCAAAUCUUUAUAAAAACUACACUACUUACUAUAAAAGCAUGAAGAAGUAGUUACCUACUACUAGGGUGUUUUGGCAAAUAAACUCUUCGGGCUAUCAAAAGCAAGCCAUCAACUUUAAAUACAGUAGACUUAUUGCUCUAUAUUUACAACUCUAGAGUUCCCACUAGUAAACAAAUUCAUCUCAAAUCCACAAGAAUGGCCAAAAUAACGACCACUAUUGCCACAACAUUUCUCAUCAUCUCACUAUACCCCAUUCUGAUUCCAUCGACGGAUGCACAAAAAUCGCCACCAGCACCAAGUCCCGGAGUUAAUUGCUUUAGCGUCUUAGUAAACAUGUCUGAUUGCUUAACAUUUGUAGAAAAAGAUAGCAAUUUGACUAAACCAGAUAAAGGAUGUUGCCCAGAAAUUGCUGGGUUGUUAGAUAGUAAUCCAAUUUGCUUGUGUCAAAUGCUUGGGCGAGCUCACUCUGGUGCUAAAAUUGGGUUCAAUAUUGAUGUCGAUAAGGCACUUAAACUACCUUCUGUUUGUGGUUUGGAGAUUCCACCUGCUACCACUUGCUCAGAUCUUGGCGUCCCAAUCGGAGCUCCAAUUGCAAGUGACGACGGACCUGCUCCAUCACCUGGCGGGUUUGCAACUAGUCCUGCAUCUGACAACAAAGAUAAUGCAGCUUCAACCAUAGUAUUUUCCAAGAUUCACUUCCUUGUCGGCAUGACCAUUAUGUUUUUCACAACCCUUUUCUGAUUCAACAACAAUUCUUAGUUGAUAUUACAAUGCAACUAGCAUUCUUAGAGACAUCCGUAAAUUUCAGUAUUUAUUCUGUAAUAUUUUAGUAUAAUUUCUUGUUGUUGUUACUACUCUUUUUUCCCCUGGCUUUUCCACUGCCGUAUUUCUUUUUAUAAUUGUUUUUAUUAUGCUUUUGAGCCGAUGGUCUAUCGCAAAUAACUUCUUUACUUUCAUAAGAUAGACUAUCCUUCCCA